UGUCAACCAAUCAUCGUGGGCCAUGGUUUGUUGCUGGUUAGGAUAAAAGCCUCAAAUGAUGCUUUACAGCCCUCUCGUUUGAAGAGUUCUAGACAAAAGAUGGUUGGUUCUAAAGUGAUUGUCCUACUGGCUUUCUUGGCUGUUUGCCAUGGUCUUAUAAGAAUCCCUCUGACUCGGAUGCCAACACCAAGGCAGAUCAUUACAAGUGUUGGUGGUGACACAACACUGUUUGAAGCAAAGUAUGGACAACUGAAGGAAGCCCCAGAGUUUUUGCAUAACUACUUAGAUGCCCAAUAUUAUGGUGACAUCACAAUUGGAACCCCAGGCCAACCAUUCAAAACAAUUUUUGAUACUGGAUCUUCAAAUUUGUGGGUCCCAUCAUCAAAAUGUCAUGCCUUGGCAUGUUUGCUCCAUGAAAAGUAUGACAGCUCUAAAUCAAGCACAUACAAGGCAAAUGGAACCAAAUUUGCCAUCAGGUAUGGAACUGGAAGCUGCUCUGGAUACCUAAGCAAGGACACUGUUACCUUUGCCACUUUGGCAAUAAAGGAUCAAGUUUUUGGAGAGGCAACAGGCCUGCCAGGUAUGACCUUCCUUGCUGCCAAAUUUGAUGGAAUCCUUGGAAUGGGAUAUGAACAAAUUGCAGUUGAUGGUGUGGUUCCACCAUUUUACAACAUGGUUACUCAAGGACUAGUCAAGCAACCAGUGUUUUCAUUCUACUUGAACAGAGAUGCUAAAGAGACCAAAGGUGGUGAGAUUAUGCUGGGUGGCAGUGAUCCAAAAUAUUAUAAAGGAAACUUCACUUAUACUCCUGUUACACAAAAAGGAUACUGGCAGUUCAAAAUGGAUGGGGUUAUGCUUGGAGGGGAAAAUUCAUAUUGUACAAAAGGAUGUCAGGCUAUUGCAGACACAGGAACAUCUUUGUUGGCUGGACCAACUGAGGAGAUAACUGAUCUUAACAAGAAGAUCGGUGCAACUCCUUUGGCUGCUGGAGAGUACACUGUUGACUGUGACAAGGUCAGCUCAUUGCCAACCAUCACCUUUGUUAUUGGUGGACACAAAUUUGACCUGACUGGAAAUGAUUAUGUAUUGAAGGUAACUCAACUUGGAAAAACAAUUUGCUUAAGUGGAUUUAUAGGAAUGGAUGUUCCUCCCCCACGUGGACCUUUGUGGAUCUUAGGAGAUGUCUUUAUUGGGCCAUACUACACAGAAUUUGACCUCAGAAAUAACAGAGUUGGCUUCGCAAAAACAGCUUAAGUUUGCUGAAAUGCAACAAAUCAAGAGCUUAAAAGUUAGAGAAACUUUCCCUGCUACAGUUCAGUAUGAGAACCCUGUAGUUUACAAGGACCUUCAAGAUUUAUCACCCAGAUAAAAAUUGUAAAAUUAAUAUAAAAUGUAAAAAAUUGAAUGUUUAUGAAUGCUAUGGAGUGAAACGCUUUAUCUGUGGGGAAAUUGUCAAAUUUGUUUCGUUCAUAUUUAAUUUUUGUUACAUUUAAUAAUUUCCAUGAAGCAUUUUGUUGUGAAUUUUUUUUGCUUUUUUGAUUUGUGAUAAAGACAAACAAGUGAACA